AUGCCGGACCAUGACAGCGACUCCCUCCUGAACAGACAGACGAAGCGAAGACGCGUGGACAUUGGUGUUAAGAGGACCGUGGGCAGCACAGCCUCAUCCACAGCAGCAGCCACAGCAGCAACGACUGAUAAUAUUGCUCGAGCCAAAGCAGCCAUUUUCAGUGCCAUGAACUCUCUGAGCUCCCAUUCUCACCACGGAUCAGACAACGACUCCAUGGAGUGCUCUGUAGUGCAGCCGCAUGGUGGGCCUGGCGUCGUAUCAGCCAGCGACAGUGAAUCCAAGUCCAACGUGCUCCGAAAGCUGCUGAAGAGGGCCAACUCGUACGAGGACAGCAUGAUGCCCUUCCCUGGCACUACCAUUAUCUCUCAGCUUCUCAAGAAUAAUAUUGCUAAAAAUGGAGGUGGUCCUGAGAGGAGCGAAAGGGGGGACCGAGGUGACAGAGGGGAGACGGGCUUCCCUGGAUCAGGACUUUCCAAUGCAAGUUCAGAUGCCCCACAGGAGGAUGCCUGCAGUAACUCCUCCCAGGACAGCACCCCUCAAGAAUGCCUGUCGCCCUUCGGCCGCCCACCUGGCUUAGCCACCUUUGACAUCGAACGCCUCAACGACGAACACCUGCGUGCAAAGCGAGCCCGUGUAGAGAACAUUAUACGGGGUAUGAGCCACUCGCCGAGUGUGGUGAUGCCAGCCGCUUCCCGCCUUGACCGUGACCACGAAAUAGACGGAGAGCGAGAGUUGGAGCUGGAUUGCCCACCUCCUCAGUCUCAACAGCAGGCCCCCAGCAGCCCACGGGGGGGUGAGGUGUGCAGCAGCAGCCGGGAGAACAAGCGGAAACAGCGGCUGCCUCAGCAGCAGCAGCAGAGUUUCACCCAGCUGGUUUGCCAGAGAAAGGAGCAGAAGCAGGAGGAGCGGCGGCAACUCAAGCUGCAGCUGGAGGACAUGCAGAAACAGCUGCGGCAGCUGCAGGAGAAGUUUUUUCAGAUCUAUGACUCAGCUGAUGACUCAGAACAUAACGACCUGCACAACGACAUAGGAAACAUGUCCGAAGACAGCCCGGCCAGGUCUGACACCGGCGCCGAUGACCGGGGCGGUGAUGACUUGCGCUCUGACGAGAUGUCUGAUCUGGAUCCCGGCCAUUUCCUAAACAGGGCACGGGCUUUGCUUCAGGAACAGGUACUACUGGCCACUGGAGAAAAGCCACGAAGAGAGGGGCUUGGCCGAAGCAAAGGGCUGGGAGGUCCUGGCACCUCUAUGCACGCUGAAGGGAAACAGCUAGCAGAGACACUGAAGCAGGAACUCAACUCGGCUAUGACACAGGUUGUGGACACGGUGGUCAAGGUGUUUGCCAAGCCUCCGCGCCCCACUCCACAGCAGGCCUUCCCUCCGCUUUCCAUCCCCCCCGAAAGAUUUCCCAGCACUGUCAACGGGGACAACCCAAACUUCCACACCACCAACCAGAGGUUGCAAUGCUUUGGCGAUGUCAUCAUUCCCAAUACACUGGACUCGUUUGCCAGCAUGCCGGGGAUCCCAGGUCCUACCAAUGACCAAACUGAGGCCCUGCCCUUAGUAGUAAGGAAGACACCCAGUGAGCACCACCACCAAUCUUCAGCUGUUGGUGCCCAUGGUGGUCAUCACCAUCCGGCCCUUCAUCCCUCCUCCCUCUCUGCCACCAUGGGUUUCAGCCCUCCAUCCUUUAGACACCCCUUUCCACUGCCGCUCAUGGGGUAUCCUUUCCAGACUCCCCUUGGAGCUCCCACGGGUGGCUACACAGGUAAGGACCGUGCCUCACCAGACUCCAUGGACCUGUCUCGAGAAACCACCAGCCUGAGGACCAAGAUGGCGUCGGGUCACCACUUGGGGCACCACCAUCGCUCUUGUUCACCAGCACACCCGGGCAGCACAGCCGAAGGGCUCUCCUUGUCCCUCAUCAAGUCUGAGUGCGGCGACCUUCAAGACAUGGCUGACAUCUCACCUUACUCAGGCAGCAAUAUCCAAGAAGGUCUCUCCCCCAAUCAUCUGAAGAAGGCGAAGCUCAUGUUUUUCUACACCCGCUACCCAAGCUCCAACAUGCUCAAGAUGUUUUUCUCCGAUGUCAAGUUCAACCGCUGCAUAACCUCCCAGCUGAUCAAGUGGUUCAGCAACUUUAGGGAGUUCUACUACAUCCAGAUGGAGAAGUUUGCCCGCCAGGCCAUCAACGACGGAGCCACCGGCGCAGAUGAGCUGAGCGUCAGCCGGGACUGUGAGCUCUUCCGGGCCCUCAACAUGCACUACAACAAGGCCAACGACUUUGAGGUCCCUGAUCGUUUCCUAGAGGUGGCAGAGAUCACACUCAGAGAGUUUUUCAACGCCAUUGUUGCCGGCAAAGACGUGGACCCAUCCUGGAAGAAGGCCAUCUAUAAGGUCAUCUGCAAACUGGACAGCGAGGUCCCUGAGAUCUUCAAAUCUCCUAACUGUCUUCAAGAGCUUCUACAUGAGUAA